CCCCUCAUUACGUCACAACUAACAGCCCAUCCUGAGCCACAGUCUGAGCCUGAGCUGUGAGGUGUGAGCCUGCUCCUGUGUUGCCGAAAACAAGGCGCCAUUCCCGGUGUCAGCUCUCGAGAACCGCCGACCCGCGCGCGCUCACGCACGCACGGCAGCAAUGGCGGCGGCUCCGUUAGCCCACUUCGACGAGGACUGGCAGGACUUCAACGAAUUCAAGGAGUCGUCCGUCGCCCAACUGGACCAGCUCAACUCCAACGUGGCGGCGGCGGCGGGGGGCCCGGACGAUUUGUCCGACCUGGACAACAGUUUCUCGGGGGAGAUUUGCAGCUUCCAGUCCAUGGAGGAUCUCGUUCACGACUUCGACGAGAAGCUAACCGUCUGCUUCCGCAAUUAUAACACUACCACGGAGCACAUAGCCCCCAUCAAACCUAUCACGGAGGAUAAUUACCUCAAAGACGACGAGGUGUGGAACGCUCUGACGGACAAAUACGGCAACGUGAUGCCCGUGGACUGGAAGACGUCGCACACGCGCUCGCUUCACCUGCCCGCCCUCAACCUCAAUCGACGGCAGAAGCCGGACAACCGGUCUUUGGACCUGUCGGACGACGAGGAGCUGAGGGAGCAGAUGGACAUGCACUCCAUCAUCGUCUCCUGCGUUAACGACGAGCCGCUCUUCACUGCCGAGCAGGUCAUCGAAGAGAUCGAAGAGAUGAUGCAAGAGUCUCCGGACGAGGACGAGAGCCCCUCCGGGUCCGAUCUGUCCCGGGACCUCGGCGGCCUCGGGCGCGCCGCCUCCGACGGCGGCUACCGAGAACGCUUGCGUCAGCUGUCGACGCCGGAGCUGAGCGAGGCGCUGGAGGAGGUGGAGUCGGCCAUCCGCGGCUUCAGCGAGGAGCUCGUCCGGGCCUUGGCCCUGAGGGACGAGCUGGAGUACGAGAAGGAGGUGAAGAACAGCUUCAUCUCGCUGCUGAUCGACGUGCAGAACAGGCAGAAGGAGCACCGCGAUCUCUUGCGCAAGAAGAAGAAGAUCCGCGCCGCGACGGGAGCCGACGGCCAGAGGGGCGUCGGCGCCAACGUCCCGGGCACGCGCCUCACACUGGAGGGACUCUCCAAUGUCAUUCAAAAUGGCCUCCGACAAACUUUUGGCACCACGGGAGGGGACAAACAGUACCUGACCACAGUGAUCCCCUACGAGAAGAAAAUAGGCUACCCUGCCGUGGAAGACCUCCAGAUCCUGACAAAGAUCCUUCACGCCAUGAGGGACGACAGCGACAAAGUUCCCGCCCUGCUCACGGAUUACAUCCUCAAAGUUCUCUGUCCCACGUAAACGUUUUUAACCAUCCUCCCGGGGGAGCCGAGGAGUUUCCGGAGCCCUUUUUACCUGGACAAUCCCGAUUUGUUCGUGGACCUUAACCAGUAUUACUCACCGCGCCUGGAAAGCCCGACGGACAAGAUUUUUUUUUUUUUUUUUUUUCUCCCACCGCCGACUGACCUCCUCGGCCUCUGUUGAACGAUAAUAUUUUUGCAUAUAAAGGAAGGGAAUCGUCAUGUCAUUCGCUUUAGCCGUCGUGUGCUAGCGCUUGUGGUUUUUGUGGUGAUCGUGUCACGUAUUUGUUGAUUUUUGCACGCUAACUUCACCGGCGGUUUUCUCCGCAAUGUUUUCACGUAUUGAGUUCGCCACAUACCGACAGGUUUUUGUGAGCAACUUGUGGAAAUAGGAGGCAAAUUAUGACCAUACUUAAAUAUGUCAUUUUUUUUAUUGGAUUUUUGUUUUGUUUAUGGCGUAUUUGUGUUUUUCGUGCUAAUAUAAAGGCUACAGACCCGUAAAUGCCCUAAAAUGAAAAGGAAGUGACCCAAAGUCAACAGGAAGUGACAGUCGAUAUCACAUUGGUAAGGCUAGAUGUCUAAAGGCCGAGUGGACGGCAAAAGUAACUAGCGAGCAUCUUGCGUCGGCGGGCAAUAUGACGCUUCUUGACAGUUUACAUUUAUAAAAAUUUGGCGGACUUUGAAAAUCGCUCCAAAUUAGAGCUUUGUAUUGCCAUUUCAAAGUACACACUCAUUUGACAUUUAGCGAACGCCCUUGACGCAAAACGGCCGACAAGUGACGACGCUCGCGUCGGACAUCUAGCCGUACGCGUGAUCUAUUUGGGAGUCACCCGUAAUUGCCCCAAAAUCGCUGGCGAGUGACCCAAUAAUCAACAGGGAGUCAUCCACAAUGACUCUAAAAUCAACUGCAAGUGAGCCAAAAUCAACAGGGAGUAAAUGAGAGGAAGAUGCCUGAAAUAACAGGAAUUAGAGCGAAAAUCCACAAAAAGUCAAUUCCCAAAAAUCAACAGGAAGUGAGCCCAGCCCAGCGUCAUUUGUCCAGAAAGGUCAUUAGCCAGUUUGCGCGACAAACACUUUUACGCCACAACUAUAAAAAUGAGGUUCUCAGGUACGACCGUCGACAUUUAGGAGCUUGAUGCUCAUUGGCUGCCGUCGCUCUUCCUUGUAAACUGUGACGUGCUGACUGCACUUUUUUGAGUGGGCAUUUUGAAAAUUUCAAUGAUAGAAUGUCGACUGACAAAAUCAGGUGUUUUGGAUCAAGAAUUUAGUUUUCUAAAAAAAAAAAAAAUAAUAAUAAUAAAACCCAAAAAAGCAUCAAUUUAAUGUGUCCAAUUUUAGAGAUGUAUAUUUUGUACACAGUAAGACGAAAAAAAUUCUUUGUACAUGAAGUGGAGUCCUGUUUUUAACGCUAGGGAUUUUUAUGUUUACGACAUGGUGGUACUGCAGUAUAAUAAUUUAUUGUUUGUUUUUGUCCACUGUCACGGUUUUAAUGUUUUGUAGCACCUCAUUUCAAAUAAAUGAAAUUGGAACUUGAAACUCUUUUGGAUCUUUAAUGCUCAAAAACCGCAUGCAUUUCUCAAGAGUGAAAACAAAACGGCUUCUAUCUUGUGGCCACUUUUGGCACUUGCCAGCUCCCCCGCCUCACAAGUUUGUGUCGGUGAACAUGGUGUGCUCCUUUCUCACCGUGCUGAACCCUUUCACGCUGUCCACAAACUCCUCGUCGUCCAUGAACUGUUGACACGGCACAUGUCCUUAAAAUGUGCCAAAUGUUCAUUUCAUAAACAAUAAUAAAUAUUCUCAUGAUGGAUAAUCAUUUUAAUUGAAUAAUGAAUU